UUUGAGCGCACAAACAGAUGAUUUGACAUUUCAAAGUUUUAUUGCAUCGAAACAUAUUUUAUUUGUUGUCCAAGUGUUGUUUGCGGCAGAAAUUUCCCAUAGUCUACUUUGAUCGAAUAAAUUUCUAUUGUAAGGUUGUUGGAAUUUACCCAAAGUCUAAAAAUCGAGUUGAAAUGUCGAAAAAACGGCGUCGAGUGCAUAUUGAAGAGGAAUUACCGCUGCAUGCCAUGGACGAGUAUGUGGAUGAGGCAAUACAAAUUAAAAUGGAACCAAUCGACAAUGGCUAUGAACACGAGUCGAUGGAGUUUAUUCCAACCAAAACUGUCGUAUACACCGAAAAUGAUGGAAAUAGGGCAGCCAUUGAAGCCGAAAUCGGUUUGGAAUCACAGUUAGAGUUCAUUAAAAGUGAAGUUGAUGUGGACGAUGUAACCAUGAUGGAAUUCCGUGAAGAGAUGAGACGAAUUUCAUACGAUACGACCAAUGACUUAAUAAACCAAAAGCAACCAACCAAGAAGAGAAAGAGGGAAGUGGAACAAAAGAGCAAGGAUAAAAAGAAAGCAACGAAAGUCACGAAGAAGGUGGAAAAAAAGGAGAAAACCACGGGAGUCACCAAUAAAAAGUCUGAAAAUGUUGAACUGCAGCCAUUGGAAAUUGUGGUAAAUAAAGUGAAAAUGGCCAAAUGUCGCUUUUGUGAUUUUCAAUCAACGUCAAGAAAUCGAUCUAUUGUCAAAGAGCACAUGAGACUACAUACUGGUGUCACCCCAUAUGCGUGCACCCACCGGACUUGUUCACAAAAGUUUAUCACUCGCAAUUUGCUUGUGCAUCACAUGCAACGCGAUCAUCCAACGAAGAAAAGAUAUAAAUGCCCAUUGUGUCGCAUGUGGUUUUUCAGCAAGAAAGACAUUGAAUCACAUGAAUUGAAAUGUGUGAAACGGCGCAGCUUCGAAUGCCACUUGUGUAAACACCAAAUGAAACGGUUGUACAUGUACAAGGUGACGGAGCAUAUGAGAAAGGAGCACACAGGUGAAAAGGUAUUCCAGUGCGAGCAUUGCGACGAAACGUUUCUAACCAAAGGCAGCCUCAGGUGUCACGAAAAACAUCAUCCAGGCGUUGUACCAUUCAAAUGUUCCAUUUGCAAUGGCAGAUUUGUAACGGAGGAAACGUUGCAGAAACACGAAAGCUAUUGCCUCACUCGACGUCGCUUCGAGUGUCAUAUAUGCCAAUACACGUAUGCAAAAUUGAGUUUCGAAGGAUUGAGUAUGCAUAUGCGAAAACAUACGGGAGAGAAGCCGUUCCAAUGUCAAUUUUGUGCCAAAUUUUUCCCAAGAAGCGAAGCGUUAGCCCAUCAUAUUCAACGGCAUCGUGAUUUGUUCAACUUUAAAUGCGCCCAGUGCCAUCGACGAUUAUUCAGCGCUGAAGACUUGACACAACACGAGAAUAAAUGCCGCAAACGACGGUAUGAGUGCCAUCUGUGUGGUUUUACAAAGUUUGGCCUCAGUUACAACAAAUUUCAUCGGCAUUUCGCAUUGAAACACGUUGGAGAAAAGUAUUAUCAAUGCAUGAGUUGUUCGAAAAGUUUUUCGUCAACAAAACUUUUAGCGCGUCACCUCACAGAAGACCAUCCUAAGUUGCUCGCACUCAUCUGUCCAAAUUGUAAUCGUCGACACACCAGCAGAGCCGCCAGAGAUUUGCAUCAAGCAACAUGUAUGAAACGUCGAAUUGAGUGCUACAUUUGCAAAAUGACUUGCAGAGAUGUGAAGUCAUUGCGUGGUCAUAUGGUGACCAAACACACCGGAGAAGCAAAGUUCCAGUGCCACCUUUGCCCGAAAAAGUAUUUGGUAGAAGCAAACUUUAAAAUUCACAUCAAGUCUCACACCAAAAUUGGACUGUUGAAAUGUGAUUACUGCAGCAAGGAGUUUUCGCACAUCAAGUACAAGAAGAAGCACGAGUUAAAAUGCAAAAAAGUCUACGAAUGCUGCCUAUGCAAAGAAAUAUUCCCAUCGUUUGCUAUUUUACAAGGAACUCAUAUGAGGACACAUCUCGGUGCGAAACCAUACAAAUGCACACUGUGCAGCAAACGAUUUGCCUCAAUUCGGACUCAUAAUUUGCAUGUCAUCGGAACACAUUUGCAUCAGUACAAAUUCAAGUGUAACGCUUGCAAUGAAACCAUUCGCCAGAACAAAGACGUUUUAAAACACCAGAAAUCAUGCUUGAAACCUAUCCGUCAAGCCGUCGGCAUAAUCUACUUCAAGUGCUCACUGUGUGGAUUGGGACUGGCUCGUGUACCGGAACUACGUCAACACAUCCUGAACUCUGAAUGCAUCAAACAUCCGAAGAAAAUUCGCAACAAAUAACAUAAACGAGAAUUGCUAUGUUUUUUACAUUUUUUUUCCAUCAUAAAUUAAUCAAAUACAAUCUCAAAUUUGAAAUCGAUGCUAAAAAGUUCGAAUUCGAUGUUAGGUAUGUUUAAAAACACAUUAACCCUCAACUGCAUGAAUUUUUCCUAGGACUGGGAGUACUGGUAUUUGGUUGAUUUUUGGCCAUAGAUAACGAAAAAAAUAUUCAUAAUCCUAGAUUUCCCAUCGUUUAGUCAGGAAAUGCGAUAGAAAUAAGUCAGAGAACAAUGAAAUCCAUUGUUUAAAAGUGUCAAAAAUAUGUCUAAUUUGGAAACCGAAUAAUUUAUUUUGUCAAAUUUUCGUUUUCGUGCACAUUUUUGUUUAUAACUCACCAAUCGUACGACAUAAACAAAUGACGCCAAAGACAAAAAUAAAGAAAAAACAUUGACAAAUAAAAAUUCCCCUUGAAGCAAUGUCAUCCGCCGUACGAUUCACAUUAUACAGGUGUUUAAAUGAUGCCCGCCAAAAGGCGGGCUUAUGCAGUUGAGGGUUAAAAAAGAACGAAAUAUUGUCGCGCUUAUGUGAAUUUAUAGGGAUUCGUUUGUUUUUACUUUGAUAAUUCUGACCGAGUAAACUCGCUGGAAAAUGACCAUUCGAACGCCAUUUUCAAAUGGAAAAUCGUCCAAAUCGCUGUUAUCUUCGUUUCAAAAGCGUUAAAUAAAUUCUGAUUAAAAGAAACUUCACAAA